AUGGUAAACGCAGAAGCAGAAACAACCAUGUAUCCAAAGACGCCGAGGAAUACGGUGCAGAGAUACAGACCGCGGGUUCAUACUCCCUCCCCCGAAGAUCCCUUCCCCGCCAUCCUCCCUAUGUUAGGAUUCAUGGGGCUCUACGACCCGCAAAAUUUAACGGAGGAGAAUAUUAACGAAGGUGCGAAUUUGUAUUUGCAUGGAUAUGUGAGUAGUCGGUUGAUGAGGAUGGGGAAGAAGGCUUCGGAGGAAGGAGAGGGAAGUGAGGGGGAAGAAGGAUUGCCGAUGACGGUUGCGGCGAGUUGUUUGGAUGGGUUGGUGCUGGCGCUUACGCCGAACAAUCAUAGUUACAAUUACCGCAGUGCAAUCCUACAAGGCUAUGGUCAAGUCGUCGAAGACGUCGAUGAAAAAUUGUGGGCAAUGGAAAAAAUAACUAACACCGUCCUCACCGAUCGAUGGGAAAACACUCGUGUUCCUCCUACGAAGACAGAAAUGACUACUACCCAAAUCCUCCGCAUAACCCCCCACACCGCCUCCGCCAAAAUCCGUCGCGGUCCACCCCACGACGACCGCCACGAUCUCAAAGAUGAAGAAUUGAGAAAUCGAGUAUGGACUGGUGUAGUACCUGUGCAUACUGUGUAUGGAACGCCGAUUCGGGGCGAAGAUUGUGAGAUUCGUGAGGUCCCACAACACAUCACCAACUUCAUCGACGCGAAAAAUAAAGAAAACAAGCAAUUUGCUAUUAAUCGCGCUGGGGAUGAGGAUGAGUCUUAG